CCUUUCCCCUUCUCUCUCAAUAAUUUUCUCACUCCUCUUUCUUCCUCUAUCGACCCACCGAAUUCCGGUCAUUUCCCAACGGCCGGCAAGUCUCCGGCCACGGAAACCACCAAAUCGAGGCUCUCUUCCCCAUUACGCCUCAAAGCCAGCUGUUUCCCUGCUAAAAAGGCGGUUUUCCGGCGCCUGUAACAAGAUAUAUCGAGCUGGUUUUUGGCUUUUUCUGGAAUCGAAGGGUGAUUUUCUAUCGUCUAUAAUAGGCGAAAAGACAGGUGCCCUUAGAUCUCAAAGGGGUUUUCCAGCUCCUAUAGGAAGAGGAAAACAUCGGACUUAUUCGUCCCCUUAGAUCUUCUUCAAGCGGUUUUCUGAGAUCCCAAGGCCGUUUUCAGCCUCUGUAACCAAACAUCAAAGCGGUUUUCCGGCUGACAGUGAAGAAAAAAAGCAGCGGUCUUUUGGCUCCACCCCAAUCUUAGAGUUUCAAAUUCAAAGCCAAGGUUUUGGGGCAUUUGGGUCCUCUGCGAUUCCAAAAUUUUUACAUCUUUGGGUUUUAUAUUAAGAAAAAAGCACAAGAAUAUCCAUUAAUGUCUUCCUCCCCAUCAAAUUCCUCCUCUUAUUGGUGCCACCGCUGCAACCGCUUCGUGCAGGUCUCUAGCGAUCCCAUCUGCCCCGACUGCCAGUCCGGCUUUGUUGAAGAAAUGUCUUCCCGCCGCCGCCGCAGCAUCCCUGCUGCCAUGUACAUGGUUGGCAACAACCCCAACCCCAACCCCAACCCCAACCCCAACCCCCACUCAGAGCCCCGCCGCCGCUCGCGAACCAACGCCGACCGAACGCCAUUCAAUCCUGUGAUCGUCCUGCGUGGACCAUCUGAUGGAGCAGACGGCGCCGAGAACGGCAGUUUUGAGCUCUAUUAUGAUGAUGGUGUAGGGUCGGGGUUGAGGCCAUUGCCUACGAGCAUGUCAGAUUUUUUGAUGGGAUCGGGAUUUGAGCGAUUGUUGGAUCAAUUGACACAGCUGGAGCUCAAUGGUGGUGCUGGCCGGUGCGAGCCGCCCCCGGCAUCGAAGCAAGCAGUGGAGUCGAUGCCGACUGUAAAGAUCGUUUCAAGCCAUGUUUCGAUGGAGUCCCACUGUGCAGUUUGCAAGGACCCUUUCGAACUUGGCUCUGAUGCCCGUGAGAUGCCUUGCAAACACAUAUACCACCAGGAUUGCAUCUUGCCCUGGCUAUCGCUGCGAAACUCUUGUCCUGUUUGCCGGCACGAGAUGCCUCCUGAAAGCCACAAUGAAAUUGAUCGAAACAGGUCUUCAGAGACUGUGCCGGAGAAUGGGGAGGAGGAGACGGUGGGGUUAACAAUUUGGCGCCUCCCAGGUGGUGGCUUUGCGGUAGGUCGGUUUUCAGGGGGGUCGCCUGCGGUGUCAGGUCGGCAUCCCGUUGUUUACACGGAAAUGGACGGUGGAUUUAACUCAAAUGGUGUGUCCAGGAGGGUUUCAUGGGGGUCCAGAGUCUCCAGGCCUAGACAGAGUGGUGGGAUUGGCAAUGCAUUUAGGAGCUUCUUCUCCUUUUUUGGUAGGUUGGGAAGGGGGUCUUCUUCAAAUUCGAAUUCAAGAUCAAAUUUGAGUUCGGCGGGUUCUGGUUCAGGUUCUCCUGCUCUCUCUAGCUCAGCUUCAUCAAGGUCAAGCUCGGAAAAUGGUAGCAGCAGGCGGUCGAGGUCGGUUUUUAGCAGGAGCUCUAGGAGGAGAGGUGGGGCUUGGGAUAUUGAGACUGGUGCGAGCUUGCCCAGAUGGUGAAGGUAGAUUACUGGGGUUUUUUGUGUGUUUGAAUAGAUGACCUCCUCUCUCUAAAUGGAUAUAUAUUCAUUGUUUCUGCUUUGCUACUGUAAAUGUAAAUAUAGAAGAAGCUUGGUGCUGUUUCAAGAGUCCUACAACAGGUGGAGUAUCGAAACUAAAGAGAAUUGGGGGUUUUGGCCUACAGGUAGUGAUUUUUUGGCUGAAACUCGGCUGGAAAUCUCGAUGUUUGUUGCCGGAAUUCGGAUUCUCUUUUUGGAAUUUUGGCGAUGGAGAUGGAGGGAGACCCAUCUUGUUUAAUUUCUUUCAUUUGUUCUUCUUUUAUUUUUCAUGUUUAGAUCAAUUCAUGAAAAGUUAGUAGCCAUGAUGGGUGAGAGGACUUUAAUGGAGCAGCUGUACAAUUAAGAAGCCAUGGAAUUUCAAAGAAAAAGAAAAAGAAAGAAAACAUUCUUUAUUUUUAAUUACACAAAGCCUGCAUCUUUCUUUCCGCGAAUAAUUCUUCUCCAAUCGAGAAAAAAAGUUGUUCUUGAA